AUGAAAGACCAGUGGUUCAUUUGGAACAUCUUAAAAAUGUUAUAUAUUUCAAGAAGUUCGUCAAAUAUCAAAAAAAUCGAUGAUUCCCUGCGCCAACAACUAGAACAUGAAAAAAAAUAUUGGCGGAGCAUCUUACAAAGAGUUACCGAUGAGAACUUUGGGUCUAACAACAACGGCAACUACUUAGGACUAUUGCAGUUAUUGGCAAAAUAUGAUUCGGUUUUAAAGGAACAUAUUGAAAAAUAUGCUUCGAAAGGAUUCGGUUCUGUGUCUUAUUUAUGGAAAACGAUAUUUUGGGAAUUUUUACAAGUGCUCUCAGAACACGUAUUGGGAGAAAUUGUAAACAAAUUCAUAACGGAAAGUAUAGAUUCUACGCCAGACAUAACUUACGCAGAUCAGUUGACGUUCAUUGUUAGAUACUGUUCAAAAACUGGUACUCCAGUGGAAAGGUUUAUUCAGUUUCUGGACAACAUUGGGCACAAAGUGGAAGAUAUGGAAGUUGCAGUGCUGGGAGUUUUGUCAAAACUCAAUUUAAACAUAAGUGACUGCAGGGGACAAUUCUAUGAUAGUGCACAUAAUUAUCUAAUAUGUCUGGUGCCUAUAGCGGUCUCCAAGCCCGAAUAA